AUGACUGAGUUUGAAGAAUCAGAUAAAUUUAAAAAAAUUGACUUAAAUACUUCAAAUUUAGAUCAUGAGUCAAUUAAAUUUGUAAGUGAAGACAAAUUAAAUCAUGAAACAACUUCCAGUCCAACUGACAAAGGAAGUAUUGUUUAUAUUCAUUUCUUUUUACAAGGUAUUGGUACCCUUAUACCAUGGAAUCUUUUUAUUACUAUUGCACCAAUGUACUUUAUAAAUUAUAAACUUAAGGAUAAUACACAAUUGGAUACACCAACAUUUUAUGCAAUCAAUUUUUUUUCUUUUCUUGGAUUUUUUGCCAAUUUUCCUCAAUUAUUUUUACAAGGUCUUAAUAUUGUUACACCAAUGAAAGGAGAAUUAUCAAAACGUAUAAAAAUUGUCAUACCAUGUAUAGGUAGUGUCGUUGCCUUAACAAUAUUUUUAAUAUAUGUUGAUAUAUCAAAUUGGAUUGAUAUAUUUUUUUGGAUAACAAUGAUAUCAGUUGCUUUUAUGUGUGCAACAAAUGGUGUUUAUCAAAAUUCAAUGUUUGGAUUAGCUGCUAAUUUUCCACAAAAAUAUACAAAUGCAAUGAUUCUUGGUGCCAAUAUUUGUGGAACAUUUGUUUCCCUAAUAAAUAUUAUGACAAUCAUUGCUUUAGAUAAUGUACAAUUAACAGCUUUCGUAUAUUUUAUGAUUGCCUUAGCUACAUUAGCAAUAUGUUUUGUCUCAAUGUUUUUUGUUGAAAAAAACAAAUAUUAUAAAUAUAAUAUGUCUGUUUGUACGAUAGAAAAAGAAAAAUUGAUGGAAGAUAAUUCAAAACAAGAAAGUAUUCAUCAACAAUUAUUACAUGUAUGGAAAUGUUCCUCACAACAAUAUAUGAAUAUAUUUGUUCUUUUCUUUAUUACAUUAGCUUGUUUUCCUCAUAUGUUUUGUGAUAUUUCUAUCUUUAGAUCAAAUGGAGUUUAUGAAUUUAUAGUACCUGAACAACUUUAUGUUCCUGUUUUUACAUUUUUAUUAUUUAAUUUUAGUACAGUCAUUGGUACAAUUGCAGCAGAUUAUAUCAAAAUUUUAAAACCACGUCACUACUGGAUUCCAAUUUAUCUACGAAUCUCAGUUUUUAUUGUUUUAUUUUUCUGUAAUUAUCAUUCUGCCAACAGAAAACUUCCAGUAAUUUUUUAUAAUGAAUGGAUACCAAUAACAAUGAAUGUUUUUCUAGCCAUUACAAAUGCAUAUUUUACAUCAGUUAUAAUGAUGCAUAUCCCUAAAUCUGUUGAUUCAAAACAUGCUCAAAUGGCUGGUAUGGUUGGUUCAUUUUUUAUAAUUUUUGGAAUCACAAUGGGUGUACUUUUUACAUUUGUAAUAACGUUUGCUAUUGAAAAUUUAGGUUAA